GCAGGGUAAUCGUUCUCCUGUUGUAGUUGAGGUGGAGAUGCUGUGGUGCCGCCGUCUCUUUUGCGAGUAUUUUCCAUUUUCUGAGGCUGGUGUGCGAGAGAGGAUGCUGUGGUGAGGCAUGGAGGUCGUGUGCGGCGGCAGGUUCCUCUCCCCGAGCUUCAGCGGUGCGUGGAGGGAAAGUACCUCAGGGGAUAAUACACGGUCAAUAAUUAAUCAGUCCCAAAUGGGUGAACAAGAGCAAGUAACCGCAGUUAUGGAGGAUGAAAAGGUGAUCAAGGAAGAAGAUUUAGAAGUGAAAGAUCCAGAGCCAGUCCUUGACAUCAUUAUAAACAACGUAGUAUCUUCUUUCUCCGUCGCAUGUCACCUUGAUCUCCACCAUCUAGCGCUCCAUGGAAACAAUGUUGAAUUACGAAAAGAGAAUGGGGUGCUGACAAUGAAGCUGCGUAAACCUCCCACCACAGCUUCCAUAUGGUCAUCAGGCAAAAUAACAUGCACAGGCUCAACUUCAGAGUCGCAGGCGCGGCUAGCUGGGCGUCGUAUUGCUCGAUGUGUCCAAAAAAUGGGCUAUAAUGUCAAAUUUAGAAAUUUUCGGAUAGUAAAUGUCUUAGGAACCUGCAGCUUACCAUUUGCAAUAAAAAUAACUCCUUUUUCUCAAAAACAUAGAGAUGCAGCAAGUUAUGAACCAGAACUGCAUCCUGGUGUCACAUAUCGAAUUGAACACCCAAAAGCCACGCUCAAGAUAUUUAGUACUGGAAGCAUCACUGUGACAGCACCCAGUAUCGCCAAUGUUCAGAAUGCCAUUGAGCACAUAUAUCCUUUGGUGCGGGAAUUCGGCAAGGCUCGGUCAGAGGAGGAAAUGGCAGAGUACCGGCGGAACCAGGCCAGAAAACAGUUUCCAAUACUCACUUUUGAAGAAGUGGAAGAAGACUUGUCAUCCUCGGAGAUUGAGGAGUAUUGGGAACACAUGUAAUGUUAAGUUUAGCAGUCCAUUACAGAGUAUACAAGGAGCCAUGUUGAAAAAGGUUUUGUGAGAUUUUUGUAAUAUUACUCCCCCACUUUUUUUUUAAGGUUUUUUUUUCUCUCUUCCCUCUUAUAAUUAGAUAGCCAUUUUACCAUUCCCAAAGACAUGUUCUCAUAUUUUCUCAAGGUAUAUUCUUCAUGUGUCUGGUGCACAAGGUAACUAUUUAAUGUGUCUCAACUGAAUGAAUGCUCUUGGAACAUCACAAAACACACACACACACACACACACACACACACACACACACACACACACACACAUACACACACACACACACACACACACACACACACACACACACACACACACACACACACACACACACACACACACACACACACACACACACACACACACACACUCUGCAGUCUUCAUAUCAAACCAAGCUGCACAUAGUCCCAUCAUUUACAACAUUGAUGAAGUUGAAAGCCCCACCGUGUAUUAUGUGAUUUUGAUGUCAAGGUAUUGUAAGCAUUUCCUACCUUUUCCUUGUAUCGUCUUCUUAGCUAUUAGUUUGAGCUUGACUGAACUACUGUGUUUUCAUCACACAAUUCACUGAUCCCAUGAAUCAUCUGCCCUAUUUUGGUUAUCCAGAGAAAUUUACAACUUUACUAUUUUGACCAAGUAUUCUGAAUAGGAAAAACAGUUUGUGCAGCUAGUCUAGAACUGAAGUGGCAUAGCAUUAUCAACAUUUUUGCUUUGGAAUUACAUUAAAGCAUGCAAGCACUUCAUCCGAAUUAAUGGGCCAGUUGGAAAACAGCACAUCUAAGAUGUUUCUCCAUUUAUAUGUCAGCCCUUCCUGCCAACAAGACCUUUUUUUUUCUAAGUAACCUGGCACAAGAAUCCGGAGAUCACAGGUGCAAUGGUCCUCUUACCGGUUCUGAAAGUCCACAAGUCAUUACUUGAACUCGUCAUAUCAGAAACCCCUACCCAUUAGAGGGUUUCUUACAAAACGAUCUCAUCAUAUAAUAUAGAGAUAAUUUCUUGAUCACAAAGAUGGAUCACAGCAGCUAGAGGUCAAGUGUGCAGCAAUACAGGAUUUUCUAGUGGUUUAUUUGGACAUUAAAAUUAACAAUUAGAUAAUAUUCACGUAUUUAUACCAAUAAGUAACUUGUGCCUUCAACAGUCCUUAUGUCACAGUCUGGGAUGGAGCUGGCACUGUGAAACUGGAAGUACACAGAUCUAAGGAAGAGUGAUGGUGUCUAUGUGACCCGUCUUGGACCUCUCACUAAUCCUCUUUCUGUCCCUGAUUUGUAAUUUAUAAUAUGUAUCAAUGUCUUGUAUUGACAUUUCCAUUUUUCUCUUUUAUUAUUAUCUAUUUUUUCAUUAUUUUUAUAUUCAUUAUUCAUCAUCAAUACUUUGUGAUUUCUUGUCAUGUGAAAUCAUUAUCAUUAUCCUCAAACUCCCAUGGUUAUGUUUAAAGCUGCAUUUUUGUCAUCAGUACAUUAUAUGUACUACAUUAGAAUAAAUAGAGGCAAGUAACUAAACAUGUGAUCUUAAACAUUUAAUGUUAUAGGAAUUAGUUUUAAAAGAAACAUUUAUGUUGUACAAUUAUGAUUUGAAUUAUAUUACUUACCAAUGAGGAAAUGAGAACUAAGAACACUAUUAUGUUAUCUGGAAGUGAUUAAAACUAUUUUUUAUCUCUUUCCUCUCUUCAGGUAUGUAUAAGAAAGGAAUAGUGUCCCAUGGCAAUUUGAUCACUUCAUAAUGCUCAUAUGUAUGUUCCUUCUAGUGGUAUCCCCCCAAACAAGCUGUAAAUCUGCUGUCUCCCUUACAAGGCCAAAGCAUUUUUAUGUUAUUUAACAUAUCUGCCAGUGGUCAGAGAUAAUGGUGGAAGGAAAAUGACUGAGGGUUUAACUCCCACCAAAGCUUGUCUCUGCUAGACUGACAUGUGAAGAAACCAGUUAGUGGGUCACUUGUCUAGCACAAAUUUGUUGCUCUUGGAGUAUGGUUGUUCGCGUGCUUCCAGUGCCUGUGAGGAGUGCUUGUAACACGCACUUUACUCCAUUGACGCUGCUCUAGAUUUGGCUAAUGGGAACAAAGUUUGUAUGUGAAUUUGUAUAGUACAAUACUUACUAUGUUCUUUGUUUAAGAGGACGUCCUGCAUCCAUCAUGAAUCAAAGGGUUUUAUGUUUACCAAGGAUCAGUUUGCUAAACUGGACUAUCCUGCAAUAGAAGCAUCACAUGACUAACAUGUACAGUGGGUUCAUAUGUCCUAUGCUGUAAUUGGAGUGAAUUCCUAAAACAGAUCAUGCUUCAAGAUUCCUUAAAUGCAUAUUUUCACAGUCCUUUCUGAUGCUUUUACAUCUUCCUUCUGUAAUUUUUUAAGAUAUUGCUAUUGAAAGUAAAUUGUGACAACAUUGCAUUUAUCAUUUUCAAAUUAAACAUCAUGAGUUUUUUUUUUUUUUUUUUUUUUUUUUUCUCAGAAUGUAUAUAAAGGACUCCAGAUAGAUUUUUGCUUCUUAACAAAGGAGCGUUGCUGAUUACAUCAGUGUUUAUAUCCAAUUGAGUUCCUUGUUAGAGGGACUGUUCUGCAUUAUUCUAGAAUUUCCAGACCAUUGUUAGUGUUGUAUCUGUUAUUUAUCACUCAUGUUGCAGUAUUUCCAAAACCCCUUUGGCUGCCUAUGUUUAAACUGUUACAUUACAUCUAUUGGCAUUAUCUUCACAUUGUGUUACUUUCUGACAUUCUUCUAGCUUGUGUAUAUAGUAUUCAGUAAGGCAGUAGUGUGUUUAGGAGAGUUGAAGAUUGGGCAAUGGCAGUGCAAACUGAUGUGAUGGAGAAGAGCAAACAGUUUAUCCUCAUUCACAAGUUACAAGAAGCAAUUGCUUAUGUACCCUCUGUGAAGAUUGUUAUGGAAAUGGCACUCUUGAAGGAAGUGCAAAGCAGCUUUAUUAUUUAGGAAUUAAGGAGAUUCACCAAAGGACCUUUUUUUCUGGCGAGUCUGUGCCAAGACGUCCCCCAGAAGGCCUGAGGAAAGAGUACGAGUAGGGUGGAGGAGAGCCUGAGUGUGCCACUCUAUGUAUAUCCGUGUACUGUAAGAUAAGUCUCCAGCAUCAAAGUGUAUUGUAGGUUUAUUAUCUCCAGGCCAGAGUCUCACACCACUGGUAUUGUGGCAGUAUUUUUUCAAGUGUAUUAUGGAACUAUUGUCAAGUGUAGGCUUAUUAUUUUGAGAGGACUAGUGGCAAAUUUCCAAGCCUUAGCAUGGACUAUGUAUAACUUGAAGUUUACAAAAUUGUUGAUGCCAGUGUAUGUUGAAAUUUUGUAUGCAAUAUUCUGUUUGGAAAUAUCAAAGAUUGUUCACUCCUGCUAACAUUAAUGUAUUACUUAACAGCUAGAAAGAGAGCAAUACAAAAAUGGCCUUCA